AUGAAUGAGGUAUACAAACCUGCAGUAACUGGAGUAAGAUGUGCAAAGAAAGAAACGGAGAAGCAACACGACGACCAGGUCCAAGUAUUGGACCGCGCUUGGGUGGAGGAGCACCAUCUCGAAUCAACUACAGUCACGAUUUUACUAGCGAGAACAAAAAAUGUCUUAUGGGAGUGGGAGAAGCAGAUUUUCUUAUGGGAGUGGGAGAAGCAGAUUUCCUAA